AUGGGGUCGGCGUCGGCGUCGUCGUCGGGGCCGCCGGUAGAACGAGGAGGAGCACGAGUGCCGGGCUGGGGGGCCGAUGCCCGAGUCCCCCUAAGAGAGGCAUGGCGGUCUGUGAGGGGGGCCGGUCACUGUGGCCCCCGGUCGCCCGAGAAGGGAGGAGGAGGAGGAGGAGGAGGAGGAGGAGGAGGAGCGCUAGGCGCCGUCUCUCUGCGUCCUUACCCCCUGCCGCUCCUGGAGGUGUCGGUUCGAGGCGUCCCGCGCACCAAUCACGGCCGGCCAACGCGCGCCAUUUUCGUUUGUUUUAAGAACCUAAGCCACCGUGACCCAAUAUUUCCCACCGGGUUCGGUCCUAACACGCCCCUCCCCCUCUGCCCCCCAGGCCAGUACACGGUGAUGAUGGCGCACUUCUACCUGAAGAGGAAGAUCGGCUACUUUGUGAUCCAGACCUACAUGCCCUGCUUCAUGACCGUCAUCCUCUCCCAGGUCUCCUUCUGGCUCAACCGGGAGUCUGUCCCCGCCAGGACCGUCUUCGGCGUCACCACGGUGCUCACCAUGACGACGCUCAGCAUCAGCGCCCGUAACUCCCUCCCCAAGGUGGCGUACGCCACGGCCAUGGACUGGUUCAUCGCCGUGUGCUACGCCUUCGUCUUCUCCGCCCUCAUCGAGUUCGCCACCGUCAACUACUUCACCAAGCGGAGCUGGGCCUGGGACGGCAAGAAGGCCCUGGAGGCGCAGCACCCCAAGAAGCGUGACCCCAUGGUGCUCUCCAAGAAGCCCAACAACGCGUGCACGGCCGGGGUCAACUACACGCCCAACCUCACCAAGGACAUGUCGGCCAGCAUCUCCACCAUCUCCAACACCACCUCGGUGCAGCUGCGCUCGGUGGGCAUCGGCGUGGGCAUGGGCAUGGGGGGCUCCGCCUCCGACGUGCGCGCCCUGGACCCCAAGAAGACGUACAACAGCGUGAGCAAGAUCGACAAGAUGUCGCGCAUCGUGUUCCCCGUGCUGUUCGGGACCUUCAACCUGGUGUACUGGGCCACCUACCUCAACCGCGAGCCCAUGGUCAAAGGGGUGCCUACCUCCACGUAAUCCCUGGCUGCCCCUCACGUACGCACACCUGACCCCCCCCCCAUCCACCCACACCCACCACCCCACCCCCCCCCCACCGAUAGAGCUCUCUACUCUCUCUUUUUGCAAAAGUUGUUCCCUGUUGUGAUAUCGCCUGGGACAUAGAACAGCCGCAGAAUAUGGAACUGUAAAGGGUGUGUGUGAGUGAAUGAGUGUGCGUGUGCGUGUGCGUGUGUGUGUGUGCGUGUGUGUGUGUGUGUGUGUGUGUGUGUGUGUGUGUGUGUGUGUGUGUGUGUGUGUGUGUGUGUGUGUGUGUGUGUGUGUGUGUGUGUGUGUGUGUGUAUGUGUAAGGAGUUCCAUUGGAACAAUCGUCCACAACUUUCCCGUUUGCCGUCGAGAGAGUGAAAACAGAAGCGGAGCCGGGACGACACGGGAACGCGGUCGCUUUGACAGAUCCGGUCGGCUUUGUUGUUUAGGUUUGUGUUGCCGAAAGAAACUGCUAAAAAAUGUUACUGCUGCUGCUUAAACAAAUACUUUGGGGUUUUGGGGGGAGGGUGUUUUGGGCUGGGGGAGAGAGUGUUGGGGGAGGGUUUGUGGGGUUCUUUUGACUCAUCGAUUUGCAUGACGCUGUCUCCCUUCAAAGGAAAACUGGAGUCUUGUUUUUCUCAAAAUGCCGACCGAGAAUUUGUCCGUUUCUGCUUCGGCUGUUGGUUGCGCCAUUUUUAUCGCUAUAACCCGAAAUAUCGUCCCUUUCUUCUUUUUUUCGUAGUACGCUAAUGCGGGUAUUUUAACGGACUUGGCCUACAUUUAAAAAAAAAAAGCGCUUCUCAUUCUCAUCAAGAACUGGGCAGCUUGCGCGGAAACAUUACGCACACAGCCAGGAAAAGCUGGCAAUACAACAUGUGUGUGUGAUUGUGGGUGCAAAAGUUUGUGUGUCUUAGAAAACAAGAAAAAACAAUUUCACACUGCGUGGAGAGAAGAAAUUGUACAGAAAAACAUAUCUUAUUCCUAAUGGGAUCAACGCUGCAAGUUCAUUACUAUGUUUGUUUUAACCCUGUUGAAAAAUAACUGAGAAAACGUAGCUUGUGUUGAUUUGUUUUGUUUAUUACGGACGCGGCCGCUGGUUGCGCCUAGAGGUUGGUGUCAUCGCUUUGAGGACUCCAAGAUUCCCACGCACUCGGCUAGGCUUCCCCAACAAUGAGUCCAAGGAGUUUAUUGUCUCGGGAACAUUUGGGACGACCAAGCAGAGCGACCGGGGUGGGUGCGAGCGUCGCUGUUUUUCUUUGCAGAAAAUCCCCCAAAAAGUAUGGAAAGUUACCCCAAAAACACAAAACAAAAAAUUUAAUUAUCACGGAUGAGACCAACCCUGGAGUGAUUCAACAAGCCCUCAAAGGGAAAAAAAAACACUGUCCACUUUUAUGUGUUGUGGCCGGAUUCAAAAGUUUAUUUUUCCGAAGUUUCUUUUAUUUAGCAUAGGAUAGAAUAUUUAUCGAGCCUCUGUACUCAACUUUUGCCACCAACAUCGGCCCACAGGUAAUCAGUUGAUCUGCCAAAGUGAGUCAAAUGUGCCCAUGUUAUGACGCAUGAAUGCUGGCCAAAUCUUCCUUGGAUUAGAGGCUUUUUACGUUGUUUUUUUACCUAAAACUUUACUGCGAAAAAAUGUUCACACACAACGGAACUUUGUAUAUAGACAACCUUGCUUUUUUUUUCAUAAAUUCCAAGUCCUAAUUUGGGACACAAGGAGGAAAAAAAUAUUUUUUUGGAUUUGAAUUUCUUUUUGAAUCUUACGCCCAUAGAGAAAAAAAAAAACACCAUAGUCUACAUGUGGACUUUAAGUACGUACAUUAUUGUCUUGAAUAUUUUACCUUUCUUUGAGAAUGUUUAAUGUACACAUGGCUGUUUGUUUUCUAACUCGCUUCUUUGAAAAAAAACAAUGCAUACUACAGAUCCAACUUUAAAGGUUUCCAUCUGAAUAUUUGUCACGUGAGACUCUGAAGUUCCUCAACAAGAAGGAAAUCCAUUAGGAAAACACCUGGGCAGCUAUUGUGGUCCCAUAAAAGUGUAAAUUCACUCAAAAUGCUAAAAUAUCCAGACUUUCCCCUUUCUGGCCAAGAACGUUCAACUAAUUGUUUCUUGGGAGACUUUUGAGUCAUGUGGAGCUGCUGUGUUGUUUAUGGAGGAACAUUUUUAUUACAUAUUAAUUCAACUUUUUACUGUUUUUCCGUUGACCUGUUACAGUUUCUUUAUGUUGCAAAUACUUUGACCCAAAGCUAUUUACAGUGAAUCCAGAUACAUGGAUUUUGGAUUCCUCUGCUUUUUAUGUGAACCUUCCCGGGCUUAGAGAAGAGCAGUGAUACCACUUGUGUGACUAUUGCUUCAGUGACCCCCCCCCCCCCCGUACGUAACUGGUAGCUGUGGACAUUAGCGCGCUAAUGGCAAUACCAUGGGGCCACAGCAUUAGGCCCACAACUCAACGAGAUACACCUUCUAAAUAAUGCAAACAUGCAUCUAUUUAAGUAUUUAAGUGUAAUGUAAUAAACAAUGUUAAAAAGGCAAAUUCAAAAUACGAGAGUUCAGCCUAUUACAAGGUAGCGCGCUCUCGCAAAACCAACAUGUCGGUUCAUUUUUCGAUAUCUACUUCCCCAGACGGGCACAGACCGAAACACCUCUAGACCCGAUUUGACAGGCCCUCGACCCAUCAGAUCAACGAAACUGGGGACGCAGCACUGAGCGACAAAUAAUAAUUUCUUCUCCCCAAACGCUUUAAGUGCAGUCGUAUGUUCUUCUUUUAGUGAAAACAUCCCGCCUAGUUUGUUUAAGACUAGAUAGUGUACCCAACAGACCGUUGUACAGCAGCAGAGGCCUUCUCUGUUGUCGUUCGGAGGCUUCUACGGCACUCCUGCACCCUCAUCGUGGUCAUCCUGCCUCACGUUGGAUAAACGGUUGUGAUGGAUCCGUCGAUUUCUUACCGGCAGAACAUCGUUUGUAUUGGGGGGGGGGGUGGCAGAGGAAACGAAACAUGAGCUCUCGAGAUUCGUCUAGUUCCCAGGCUUUUCACGAGCAGUGACUACGGCACUCUCUGAACACUUUUCUCACUUCUGCUAGGCUGUUGGCAAUGAUAAGAGUUUUCUUCUGGUAGUCGCACUGCUCCUUUCUGACCCUGGGAAGGUCGUGCUCUAUGGACCAGGUCGGGGGUAGGGGAACAUCAAGCUCUGGGUUGACCAGACGUCAGGCUGUGGACAUUGGGGAUUGAACCGGGGACCUUUUUCGGCUUCAAUUCGACCAAUUUUAGCCCCUCGGCUAUCGGCGGAGCAACUUGACUGGGACUCUGUUUGAAAUCUGAGCGGUGAACAUGUUGAAACCCCAGAGAAACAACCUGGCUGAGGUGGGAAGACUUCUUGUAUUUCGGGUGACCUGACCGUGCACUCUGUGCAGAGUGCACGGAGAGAGCAGCAGAAGGCGACCCCACGUUCCCUGUUGCUUUUUCCCACUUUGCUUCCUUUUUUGGCAACCUAUGUUUAGCCAGCUGACCCACGGUUUGCGGACCCGAGAUCCUUCGUUGAUCCGACCUACACCCCCCCCCCCCCCCCCCCCAACGGCGAAUAGUUCCUCCGCUCAGAGGAGGAGGUGUGUGUGUGGCGCGGAGGUUCGGGCCGAAUCCCGACAACGACUUGAGGUCGCCUUGUCUGUCUGAAGCCCCCCACGGCCGCGGCCUCAAAGGAGGCCCAGCCCAUAGACAUGGCGGCCGCCCCCAUUCCCAACCACUGCGGCGGCGAUCUGAACGUCGAGGCGUCGGGAUUCAACCUGGAGACGUAUUCCCCCAGCGCCACGGUCCCUGAGCCCCUCAGCUGCGCGCCGGCGUUGCACAUUCCUACAGACACUUCCUGGCAUUCCCCAGCUGUGCUCGACCCCCUCCUCCUCCUCUGCCUCCUCCUCCAACACCCCCUCCUCCACCUCCACACUAUCUGUCUUCUCUCUCCCUCUCUCUCUCUCUCUCUCUCUCUCUCUCUCUCUCUCUCUCUCUCGCUCUCGCUCUCUGGCUCUCUCGGUCUCUCCCGGCUCAGCUGACCGCACAUAUUGUACCGAACCCGACCCCGCCACCAACCUCCUCCUCCUGUACACCCAAACACACACACACACACACACACACACACACACACACACACACACACACACACACACACACACACACACACACACACACACACACACACACACACACACACACACACACACACACACACGGAUGCUCCUCACUCAGCUGCUCCUCCUUCUCCUGACUUUGUGUUUUGUUUAGUUAAAUAAAGGCAAACGUGUGGAACAACA